AAGGGGCGUGUAAAAGAGGAAGAGACAGGAGUGUCAGCCAGGAGGCAGCGUAACAUGUACAGGUUGCUCCGACCAUUAAACUGGAAAGAUGUCCCUGUAUGAUGACCUGGGAGUAGAGACCAGUGAUUCAAAAACAGAAGGCUGGUCCAAAAACUUCAAACUUCUGCAGUCCCAGCUUCAGGUGAAGAAGGCGGCCCUCACACAAGCCAAGAGCCAGAGAACAAAACAGAGUACUGUCCUCGCCCCGGUGAUCGACCUGAAGCGUGGUGGCUCUUCAGACGACCGGCAGAUCGUGGACACCCCCCCGCACGUGGCGGCUGGCCUGAAGGAUCCUGUUCCCAGUGGAUUUUCUGCAGGAGAAGUUUUGAUUCCUUUAGCUGAUGAAUAUGAUCCUAUGUUUCCUAAUGAUUACGAGAAAGUGGUAAAGCGCCAAAGAGAAGAACGGCAGAGACAGCGGGAGCUGGAAAGACAAAAAGAAAUAGAAGAGAGAGAAAAGAGGCGUAAGGACAGACAUGAAGCUAGUGGGUUUUCAAGGCGACCAGAUCCAGAUUCUGAUGAAGACGAAGAUUAUGAGCGAGAGAGGAGGAAAAGAAGUAUGGGCGGAGCGGCCAUUGCACCACCCACUUCUCUUGUAGAGAAGGACAAAGAGUUACCCCGAGAUUUCCCUUACGAAGAGGACUCAAGACCUCGCUCCCAGUCUUCCAAAGCUGCUAUCCCUCCCCCGGUAUACGAGGAACAAGACAGACCCAGAUCUCCGACCGGACCUGGCAAUUCCUUCCUUGCCAACAUGGGUGGCACGGUAGCACAUAAAAUCAUGCAGAAGUACGGCUUCCGGGAAGGCCAGGGUCUCGGCAAGCACGAGCAAGGGCUGAGCACCGCACUGUCGGUGGAGAAGACCAGCAAGCGAGGAGGCAAGAUCAUUGUGGGCGACGCCACAGAGAAAGACGCAUCCAAGAAGUCGGAUUCCAAUCCAUUAACUGAAAUACUUAAGUGUCCUACCAAAGUGGUCCUCCUACGGAACAUGGUUGGUGCGGGAGAGGUAGAUGAAGACUUGGAAGCUGAAACCAAGGAAGAGUGUGAAAAAUACGGCAAAGUUGGGAAAUGUGUGAUAUUUGAAAUUCCUGGUGCCCCUGAUGAUGAAGCAGUACGAAUAUUUUUAGAAUUUGAGAGGGUUGAAUCAGCAAUUAAAGCUGUUGUUGAUCUGAAUGGGAGGUAUUUUGGUGGACGGGUGGUAAAAGCAUGUUUCUACAAUUUGGAUAAGUUCAGGGUCUUGGAUUUGGCGGAACAAGUUUGAUUUUAAGAUCUACAGCACGAGUUAUCUUCGAUGGCCCUUACAUGAGCUGCCGGCUGAGCGGAGAAGAAACAGGCGACAGCCAGCCUGUGUGGCUGCUGGGUACAGAGACUCUUGGAAGGACUUCUGAGAUAUAUGUUGAUUGAUCCCUUUUUUAUUUUGUGGUUUUUUAAAUAUAGU